UCCUGAGGACAACAAGCGAGACCGACCUCGGUAUUAAACAGAAAUACAAGUUUCUACACACUGGUCAUGGAAACAGUCUGUCAAACACAUCUGGUGCAACUUUCCUCAGUCAACCCAUUGUUUGAUGCGCGCGAACGAGUACAGGGUCGUUGAAACACUAUUUCCACCUCGGCAGAGCCCCUUCUUGAGAAAUAUUGCCCAUAUUGAUUGCCGCCAAAGACAAUUUGGACCAUUCACACCGGCUUGUAUUCAUUCAUAUGGCCACGCAUCCUGAGGAGCAUCACAUACCAAACGCUGAAAAACCAUAUCAGCCCUACAUGGACGUCCGCCCACCAACCCAGGCCGGCUUCUCACCCGAAAAUGGCGCUCCCUUGACCGAGCAAGAAAUCGAAGCGGACGAAAGAGAGGCCCGCGCCGAGCGCGAAACAACCCCGGAACCAAAGGACUUCAACAUUGCUUUCCCAGGACACCUACCCACCCCACCCUUCAUCCACAUCCAAGGCGUCCCCAACUUCAGAGAUCUAGGAGGCUACCAGUGCCAACCACCCUCCACAGCCUCGUCCACUCAGGAUGGCUCGACAUACACACUCCGCCGCGGGCUGUUGUACCGCUGCGCACAUCCAACGCACCUCACACCCGAAGGUGCAGAGUACUUGACACAGAAGCUAGAUGUGCACGACAUGUACGAUCUGCGCUCGGGGCCUGAAAUUCAACGGCUUGCCGCCACCGUCGCCGCCACAGGGAAAAAAGUCUACCCCCUCGCCGACCCCACUACGGGUUGCGUAGACAAGUACCCCAGUUUAACACGACAUUUUACCCCGGUAUACCAGUCCGAAGAUUACGGUCCGGUGGCCCUUGCGAGGAAAUUGCAAUGGUACACGACUGUGCACAGCCACGAUGAGACAGCAGGCUUCGCGUACAGCGAGGGCUUUGUCAAGGCAUACCGCGAUAUCGCGACGCACGGAGCCGGGGCGUACACGAUCAUGUUCCGACAUCUACUUGAACGGCCUGAUGGACCCCUGGUGUUUCAUUGUACCGCGGGCAAAGACAGGACGGGAGUGUUUGGUGGUAUGAUCAUGAAGCUUGUGGGUGUGGAAGAGGAGGUGAUUUGCUGGGAGUAUGCGCUUACAGAGACCGGAUUGGGAGAAUGGAGGCAACAGUUCAUUGAGCGGAUUUCGGCUGGCGGAUUGGGUCAGGGUGGUGGUGGCAAUGCGCAGAGUGAAAGGCCCGGGAUAUCGCGUGAAGAGGCUGCGCGGAUCUGCGGGAGCAGGGCAGGUAAUAUGCGUGCUUUCUUGAAGGUCGUCUUGCUGGGUGAAUUUGGCGGCGUGGAGAAUUAUCUUAGAAAUCAGUGUGGGUUUUCGGAUCAAGAGAUUGGACGAUUGAGGGAUAAUUUGAUCUCACGGGUGAAGGAGGAGGAUGUGGUGAGGCCGGUUGAGGUUCCUGGGUGGACGCCGGACGGGGGAGUGCAGGAUUAGACCCUGCCUAGUCUAGGACCAACGAUGGGGAGGUGAGGUGAGGUGAGGUGAGGAGUAGACAGCCGCCUCAAAAGGGAACCGAGGUGAGAAAACUCGUUGAAACCUGCACAUAGAGACACAGGGGUGCGACGGCUAGAAGAUAGAACGAUCAGAAUGAACAUCACUGCUCACACA